UAGGGAACUUGAGCAACCUAUCUCUUCUUUCUCUCUAUGAUAACAUUCUUUCUGGCUCAAUCCCUACUUCCAUAGGGAACUUGAGCAACCUAUCUAUACUUUUUUUGUCUAAUAACAAUUUCUCUGGUUCAAUCCCUACUUCCAUAGGGAACUUGAGCAACCUAUCUACACUUUUUUUGUCUAAUAACAAUUUCUCUGGCUCGAUACCUUUGGAAAUGAAUAACCUUAUUCUUCUUAAAAGUUUACAAUUGGCUAAUAACAAACUCAGUGGCCAUUUACCUGAGAAUAUUUGCCUUGGGGGAUUUCUGACAAACCUUUCAGCAAAUAACAAUCAUUUGACAGGUCUAAUCCCGAAAAGUUUGAAAAACUGCUAUAGUUUAUUCAGAGUAAGGCUUGAAGGGAACCAACUUGAAGGGGAUAUAACAGAGGCUUUUGGAAUAUAUCCCAAGUUGGAUUAUAUUGAUCUCAGCAAUAACAAGUUGUAUGGUGAGCUUUCUCCAAAUUGGGUUCAAUGUCAUAAUCUCACAAGCUUGAAGAUCUCUAACAAUAACAUCUCUGGUAAGAUACCUCUUGAGCUAGCUCAAGCCACCCAAUUACAACGACUUGAUCUUGCUUCAAAUCAGCUGAAUGGGGAGAUUCCUAAGGAAUUAUGCAACUUGACAUCAUUGGUCUAUCUCUUUCUAAAUGAUAACCAACUCUUUGGUAGAAUCCCAUUAGAAAUAGGACAGCUACUCAAUUUGCAACAACUCAGUUUGUCCGCAAACAAUUUGGAUGGAACAAUUCCAAAACAACUUGGAAAAUGCCUCAGGUUAUUGAGCUUGAAUUUGAGCAACAAUCAACUUGGGGGAAGUAUUCCAUUUGAAAUAAAGAACAUAUUUGCCCUUGAAACUCUUGAUUUGAGUUGGAAUAUUCUAAUGGGAGAGAUUCCACCAGAGCUUGGAAGAUCCCAAAGUUUAGAAACACUUAAUCUUUCUCACAACAUGCUUUCUGGACUCAUACCUCCUACUUUUGAUGAAAUGUUGAGCUUGACAAAUGUCAACAUCUCCUACAAUCAGUUGGAGGGCCCCAUCCCUCACCUCAAAGCCUUUCUUGACGCCCCAUUUGAUGCUCUUGAAAACAAUAAAGGCCUUUGUGGCAAUGCCUCUGGCCUAAUGCCUUGUCCAUCUAAAAGCCACAAGAGAAGUUCAAGUGGACUUGUGAUUUCGAUAGUUGUACCUAUUUUGGGCGGCUUGCUCCUAUUGCUUAUCUUGGUAUGGUGUUUACUUGUCGUUCAUUGCAAAAAAUAUAAGCCAAGAAAGGGACAAUAUCAAAAUAUUUUUUCCAUAUGGGGAUGUGACGGAAAAAUCGUCUAUGAAAACAUUCUUGAAGCUACGGAGCAAUUCAACUCCAAUUACUGCAUUGGCUCAGGAGGAUAUGGAAAUGUUUACAAAGCUGUGUUGCCUACGGGUCGAGUAGUUGCUGUAAAGAAACUUCAUCCCUCAGAUGAUAAUGAGACCAUCAAUUUACGAGCAUUUGAAAGCGAGAUUCGUGUUUUAACAGAAAUACGACAUCGCAACAUUGUCAAGUUGUAUGGUUUUUGUUCUAAUGCAGAGCACUCAUUGUUGGUCUAUGAGUUUGUAGAAAGAGGGAGCUUGCAAAUGGUUUUGAGCAACCCAGAAGAAGCAGCGGAGUUGGAUUGGAAUAAGAGGUUGAACAUUGUUAAAGGAUUAGCUAGUGCCUUAUCUUACAUGCACCAUGAUUGCCCAACACCAAUAAUCCAUCGUGACAUUUCUAGCAACAAUGUUUUGCUUGAUUUGGAUUACGAAGCUCAUGUCUCUGACUUUGGCACUGCUAGAAUUUUAAAGCCCGACUCCUCAAACUGGACAUCCUUUGCAGGCACCUUUGGCUAUAUAGCUCCAGAGUUUUCUUACACAAUGAAAGCAAGUGAAAAGUGUGAUGUCUAUAGCUUUGGGAUGGUAGCAAUGGAAGUAAUCAUAGGAAGGCAUCCAGGAGAUAUCAUUUCGAAUUUAUGGACAUCAAAUGGCCAAAAGAUGCUGCUGAAGGAUGUUUUAGACCAGCGCCUUCAACCUCAAAGGAGGAACAAAGUAGCUGAGCAAGUGGUUUCAACAACAAAGCUUGCCUUUACAUGUCUGCACGUCAAUCCCGAGUUGCGGCCCACCAUGCAGCAGGUUUAUCAGGCACUUACUAGUGGUCGACCAUCUCCAUUGCCAAAGCCAUAUUCAAUGAUGAGUUUAGGGGAUUUGAUUGGAGAUGGACAUGGAGUGCAGAGCUGAGUUGCUGAUGAUUUGGAUAGUCGUCAUAAUUCUAGGCUGCUAUUUACUGAUGCAAUGGAAUUAAUUGUUCCAUAUCGGUAUUGCCGGUUGCCAGGACUUGCAAAGAGCUUGAAGAAAUGUUAUUAAUUAGCCUGAAGAUGAAUGGUUACUUUUAUCCUUCGUUCCUUUCCUUUCGUUUCCUUGUUGGCUCUCCGGACUUGGUUGUUUUAUUUCCAUCUAGAUGACAUAUUUUGUGUAUUUCCCUUUCUGUGCUUCUCUUGUUUGUGCAAUUAUUGUGCUUAUUUCUUUUCUUCCAGCCUGGUGUAAGGACAUUGUGUGGAGUACAUCUGUUCAAUAAAAUUACAUUUUUGCUAGAAGAAAUCUCUACAAGACGAGUGAUAACACUUGCUAUAAAUGUAGUCAUUUAUU